AUGAGGGCGACGGAGGGAGCUCGUGCAACGCGAGCCGCGGCGGCGGCGACAGCGGAAAACGUCACAUCUUCAAGGGAGAGAGAUGGCAGGGAUGUCUUUCACCGCUGCCGUCGCCGCUCGUGUCGCAAGAUCUCAUCACUGACCUCAGCAACAGCCAUUCGUUGGUCAUCAUCAUCCACCGGUUCAAGAAUCACUGUACUCGUCCUAAUUCAAAUUGGAGCUUCAGGGAUAAUGAUUGAAGUUAGUGAAGGAGGAGGAGGAGUAAAAAUGGAGAGGGGAAGAGUCAAGGGGGAGAAGAGCCAAGAAAAUAUUGCUUUGAUAGCUUUGCUUCAUGAUGUUUAAAGUACAGGAACAUUUAAGAGCAGCAAU